AUGGCGUCCGCAACACACGGAACUUCAUUGCGCGAAGCGCCCCCUUCAGCCGGCACCUCGUUCUUCCUCCUUCUCAUUGCCGCACCUUGCCUAUAUACUCUGACCCACAUAAUCUACAACCUCUUCUUCCACCCCCUCCGCUCCUACCCAGGUCCACUACUAUGGUGCAUGACCCGUCUACCAAACGACUGGCACACCUUCCGCGGCGACCUCUUCCAAACCAUCGCGCGCUUGCACAAUCAAUACGGCCCCAUCAUCCGCGUCUCACCCAAUGCACUGAGCUACGCCAACAGCCAAGCCUACUACGAUAUCCUCGCACACAAGCCUGGUCAGCCGGAAUGGCCUAAGGAUCCGGCGAAGCAGAAUAUUCCGCCUAAUGGGAUCCCGCACAUCCUCGGUGCUGAUAAGGAGAAUCAUGCGCGUUAUAGGCGAUUGUUAGCUCAUGCGUUCUCGGAGCAAGGGUUGCAAGAGCAGCAGGGGACGAUUCUGCAGUAUGUGGAUCUUCUUAUCGAGCGUCUAGGUGCGAAAGCCGACUCGGGCGAAGUGAUCAACAUCGUCGAGUGGUUCACCAUGACCGUUUUCGACGUCAUUGGCGACCUGGCUUGGGGAGCUUCUUUCCAAAGUCUCGAGAACAGCCAGGUCCACGAGUGGAUCGGAGCGGUAUAUGCUAACCUCACCUUCGUCAUGAUGAGCGGGCCGCUUCGUGCAUGGGGUUUGGGUGGCGUGAUGCCGCGGAUCAUGCCCAAGGCGAUCCAGGAGGGCAGGGUGAAGAGUUAUAGGUAUAUGAAGGAGAGACUUGAUGAGCGACUCAAGGUCCAGACCGCCAGAGGAGACUUCUGGGAUCGCGUGUUGAUCAAAAGUAAGGAUGAGAAUGCUGGUGGUGAGGGUAUGAUGGAAGGUGAGAUGCUGAACAAUGCUGCCUUUCUUGUCCUGGCUGGAUCGGAGACGAGUGCUACUACGCUGAGUGGUGCCGUAUACCUCCUGUGUAAGCAUCCUAAGGUCAUGGGAGGACUGGUCGAGGAAGUAAGGGGCGCCUUUGAUUCGCCGUCGAACGUCGAUGUCAGGUCCGUCUCUCAGCUCAAAUAUCUCGAUGCGGUCCUCGAGGAGUCAAUGAGGAUCUACCCGCCUGUUCCGACCCCAAGCUGGCGUAUACCGCCGAAAGGAGGUGCCAUGGCUUGCGGAAGUUUCGUGCCAGAGGGUGUCUCCGUGAACGUGUCAGUGGUCGCCGCUUGUCGAGAGCCAUCAUAUUGGCACCGACACAACGACUUCCUUCCUGAGCGCUGGCUAGACGAUGCACCAGCUGAGUUUGCCAACGAUAAUCGGGCCGCUUUCCAGCCGUUCAGUGUUGGUACACGGAAUUGUAUCGGCCGCAACCUGGCAUAUGCGGAGAUGCGACUAGUGCUUGCCAAGUUGGUGUGGUCGUUUGACCUGCAGCUCGAGGACAAGAAGACGGGAGACUGGUUCGACCAGAAAGGUUGGGGCUUGUGGGAUAAGAAGCCUUUAUAUGUCAGGCUCUUGCGAGCGCAUCAUUAG